UAUAGAUCUCGCAUCGUCCCUCAUUCUUGGCAACCUUGGCUUUUCAUCCUCACUUCACUUCACUUCUUUCAGUCUAUAUUUCAUUUCUCGUAUAUUUUCAUCAUGCUUCGUCAAGUUGCUCUUGCUGCACUUUCUGUGCUGCCCCUCGCCCUCGGCCAGGUCGCUGAGGAUUUCGAGAGUGGUUGGGAUAAGGUCGCUUGGCCGACUUAUGCGCCUGAUUGCGAUCAGGGCGGUAGCGUUGAGCUUGACAAGACUACUGCUCACAGUGGAAAGAACUCUAUCAAGGUCACUGGUGGACCCAAUGGUUUCUGUGGACACAAGUUCUUUGGAACUGAUGCUGUUCCCGAGGGUCAUGUCUAUGUCCGAACUUGGAUGAAGACUGCCAAGGCUUUUGAUGACUCGCACGUCACUUUCAUCACUAUGCCUGACGCUGCGCAGGGCAAGGGCAAGCAUCUCCGCAUCGGCGGCCAGAGCAAGAUCAUGAUGUACAACCACGAAUCCGACGAUGCCACCCUUCCCGAUCUGUCCCCCGACGGCAUCGCAGCCUCCAAGAACAUCCCCGCCAACACAUGGCAAUGUCUCGAGUACCACCUCUCCCCCGAUGGUACCAUCGCCACUUGGCUCAACGACAACCCCGUUCACGGUCUUGUCUACAAGCCCAAUGCUCCCAGCUCUUAUGCUGGCGGUUGGGCCAGGAGCAAGCCCAAACCCAAGGUUCAGGGUGUUUACUUUGGCUGGGAGUCUUAUAGCGGCGCUGUCAACACUUUCUGGUUUGAUGACAUUGCUAUUGACUCUAAGCGCAUUGGAUGCGCUGUUAAGAAGUGAGCUUUGAGCUGGUUAUGAUGGAUUAUAUAUGAGAUUGAGUGUAGG